AUGAGCAAGACGUCCUACGACCAGCCAGUCGAUCUGGUCAUUCGAUUCACCGCUGCUAUUCCAGAUGUCGUGAUAAGGAUACCUUCCGCGAGACUUACUACACCUUUGGGUCUGCGGCAACAGAUCAGAUCACAAUUGCCUGCCUCGUACUCUGCAAAUCGCCUACGCCUCAUCUCUGCGGGAAAAGUGCUCCCCGAUGCGACGGCACUCUCGAAGUGCAUCAAUAUCCCUCCACCACCUCCUCGCGCGAAACAAGACUCAGCUGGAACAAAAGUCAAGGCCAAGGGCAAGGAACCUGCAGAGAGCACAGUGUCUAGGGUCUACAUUCACUGCUCAAUCGGCGACGAACUCAGUCCAGAAGACCUUACUUCCGAAGCAGAGGCCGCUGAGACUGCCGACAAGGCACUCUUGACCGAUGCUCAAGUUCAGAGUGCUCCAGCACAAAGUCAAGAUGCUACAAUCACCUCCUCCACACCUGCUCCUCGCGGAUUCGACCGCCUCCUUACUGCUGGCUUCUCCCCUGGCGAUGUAGCCAACCUCCGCGCACAAUUCAUGGCCAUCCAAGCACACACCCACACCCCGGACACCAUGCCAACAGGAGAUGAACUUCGAUCGCUCGAAGAAAGAUGGCUCGAGAACGAUCCUACAAAUGCUGCAAACGGUGGAGCAACAGGAUCGGACGAAGAGGGCGGACUUGAGGAUAUGCUUUGGGGCAAUCUCAUGGGCUUCUUUUGGCCCAUCGCAGCUGCGUGUUGGUUGAUGCGCGAGGAAGGCGUUUGGACGAGGCGCAUGCAAAUUUCUGUGCUCAGUGGGUUGUUGGUUAACCUUACUUUUGGCUUCUUGAGAAUUACGUCCUGA